GUAAAAUACUCAAUUCAUUAUUUGGAUUAAUAUUUUACAAUUUCAAGAUCUAACAUGGAGCAUCAAAUACUCGAUUCACUGUUUGAAUGAUAUCUUAUGAUUUCAAUCAUCUAUUUAUCAAUUCAAAUAACAAUUUAACAUAUGCUUACUACUUCAGAGAAAUAUGCUUAUUCAAAAUAAAAAUAAAAAAAUUAAAUUAGGAAAAUGAAGAUGCAGCGCGUCAAAAAAAUUAGUGGAAUCGCAGAGAAUUUCAACCCAUCAAAUUUAUCACGUUCCCAAGGAUCAUUGAGAAGAGCUCUUGUCGUGUACAAAGAAACUCGUCAGGAAGGAACAUGCGACCCCACCGUGCUCCCUCAGUUACUCAAAGCUUGCGCUUCUCUUCCCUUCCUUCAUUAUGUUAAAGUCCUUCACGCAGAGUCCAUCAAAGCCGGUUCGAACAGCGACGUAUUCAUUGGAACGGCAAUUGUUGCCGCUUACUCCAAAUGCGGCGUCGUUUCGGAUGCGCGCAAGCUGUUCGAUGUUAUGCCUGAAAGAAAUGUUGUGACUUGGAAUGCAAUGAUUGGUGGGUACUUGAGAAAUGGCGACACUGAAUCUGCUUCACUUGCGUUUGAGGAAAUGCCGGUGAAAACAAGGGUGAGUUGGAAUCAGAUGAUUGGUGGGUUUGCUAGAAAUGGUGACACUGUAACUGCUAGGAGAUUGUUUGAUAAGGUUCCACAUGAGUUGAAAGAUGUAGUGACGUGGACUGUGAUGGUUGAUGGGUAUGCUAAAAACGGGGAAAUGGAAGAUGCAAGGGAAGUGUUUGAGUUAAUGCCUGAAAGGAAUUGUUUUGUUUGGUCAUCUAUGGUUUGUGGCUACUGCAAGAAGGGUAGUGUCGUGGAGGCUGAGGCCAUUUUUCGACGGAUUCCGGUCCGGAGUUUGGAGAUUUGGAAUUCCAUGAUUGCUGGCUAUGUACAGAAUGGAUUUGGUGAUAAAGCAUUGCUAGCUUUUGAGGAAAUGGGUGUGGAAGGUUUUGAGCCCGAUGAGUUCACUGUUGUUAGUGUUUUAUCUGCAUGUGCUCAGAUUGGGGACCUGGAUGCUGGCAAGAGAAUUCAUCACAUGAUAGAACAUAAAGGAAUAGCUGUGAACCAAUUUGUUUUGAGUGGAUUGGUUGACAUGUAUUCGAAAUGUGGGGACUUGGUUAAUGCAAGGUUGGUUUUUGAAAGUUGCAAUGAGAAGAAUAAUUUCUGUUGGAAUGCUAUGAUUUCAGGUUUUUCCGUCAAUGGAAAAUGCAAGGAGGUUCUUGAGUAUUUCGGGAGGAUGGAGGAGUUUAAUAUAAGGCCCGAUGCUGUCACAUUUCUUAGUGUACUUUCUGCCUGUGCGCAUGGAGGUUUGGUGAGUGUUGGGUUGGAAGUAAUAUCUAAAAUGGAGGCAUAUGGAAUUGAAAUAGGCAUCAUGCAUUAUGGAUGCAUGGUUGACCUAUUGGGAAGAGCAGGGAGAUUAAAGGAGGCAUAUGACUUAAUAAAAAGAAUGCCAGUGAAACCUAAUGAAACUGUUUUGGGUGGAAUGCUUGGUGCUUGCUGGAUUCAUUCAGAUAUGAAAAUGGCUGAACAAGUUAUUAAGAUGACUGGUGUAGACUCUGCUACAUGUGGUAAUUCCCACAACGUGCUUAUGUCAAAUAUCUAUGCAGCUUCAGAAAAAUGGGAGAAAGCUGAAAUGAUGAGGAGGACCAUGGUAAAUGGGGGGUCUGAAAAGAUACCAGGGUGUAGUUCAAUCAUCAUUAAUAACUCUGUUGUUGAUUUAAGUAUAGGUAAAGAAGUUUUGUGUUAAGUGAACGGGCUAAGUGCAAUCUAAAGAGUAGAAAUAACAAAAUGAACACUAUGUAUCUCCAACCACAUGCCAUGACCAUGAUAGAUUUGUCCUCGCCACCUCCAUUAAUAUUCCUAAAGUUCUUAAUCACUUAUGCUAUGUGAUCUGUGAUUGAGUUGAGGGCAAGGAGUUGUGUUGUGGGUAACAAAUUGUGCUAUGAAGCCCCACAGAUAAAGUGUUAUGGGAAUGGAUUUUCUCAAGUGACACGAGGGUCCAUUGAAAUUUCCGUCUUCCAUUGAAAAAGAGAGAAAGGAGAUUACGGAAAACAAAUGGAGAGGAUCCAUUCCCAUAAGUUUCUGUUAUCAAGUCUUAAAGAAAAACAUUUCUUGAGUACUUAACAUGUAGAAAAGCAACAACCAAGAAUGGUCGACUUCAUAACAGACUAUUUACUUUCCAUCCUGACUAAACAUACCAAUGCAACAAAACUAUUUUGGUAUAUUGAAGACUUGAUGUUGCAAAACUACUUAAAAGAAGAUAACAAAACUUACCAUUGCCGGUUACACCAAACAAGUAUAGGCGGUUGCCAGCAGCAGUGGCAGUAAUGAAAAUAUGAGGAGGUUCUAGCUCAAA